GCAGGCCUUGAGGAAAAUGUGAGGGAUAGAGGACAGAGUAUAACCCAUGUUUUUCUUCUCCCAGGCUGACAAGGAAGGAGAGCCGGGCUAUUCCAGUUGUCCCUUUGUCCAUAUUGCCCAAGUGCCACUGACAAUGGACCAGCAGGAGGACAAUGAUGCUGAAGGUUGGCUGCAACUGAAGCCCGUGGAGCCCUUGCCCUCCCAGUGCUGUGGGAGUGGCUGCUCACCCUGUGUGUUUGACCUCUAUUCCCGAGACCUGGAAAGAUGGGAAGCAGCCCGAGCCAGAAAUGACAGGAGUCUGCUGAGUGGGAAGCAGUCUCCUGAGACCCAGAGCUGCUCCACCAAGCUGAGUCUAGAGACCUUCCUGGCCUUUCGCAUCAGCGCCAUAGAGAAACUUACCAAGGACACCUAUCAUGUCCGGUUUACACUACCGGGGAACAGUCAGCUCGGCCUGCAUCCGGGGCAGCACCUCAUCCUACGAGGUGUAGCAGAUGGCUUAGAAAUUCAGAGAGCCUAUACUCCCAUCAGCCCUGUCACUGCGGAAGGGUACUUUGAAGUUUUAAUCAAGUGCUAUCAGACUGGGCUGAUGUCCCGGUACGUGGAGUCCUGGAGAACAGGAGACACAGCUUCCUGGAGAGGACCUUUUGGAAGCUUCUUGUAUGAACCAAACAAGGUCAGUCAGUCCUUCAGUCCUGAGGAGCUUCGCCAGUAUGGUGAACUCCUCAUGCUGGCAGCCGGCACAGGCCUGGCCCCUAUGGUGCCUAUCCUGCAUAGCAUCACUGACAAUGCAGAUGACGAGACCUUUGUCACCUUGGUUGGCUGCUUCAAGACCUUCGAAAGCAUCUACCUGAAGACCUUCCUCCAGGAACAGGCCAGGUUCUGGAACGUGCGAACCUUCUUUGUCCUCAGUCAGGAGGUCUCCCCAGAGCAGCUUCCCUGGAGCUUCAGUGAGAAGACCCACUUUGGCCGCCUGGGCCAGGAGCUGGUCAAUGAGCUAGUAGCCUGCUGCCGGAGAAAGCCGUUUACUUUAGUCUGUGGUCCAUCUGCAUUUACUGAGGACAUGGCUAGGUGUUUGCUGUCUGCUGGCCUGACUGAGGACUCCUACUUCCUCUUCUAGCCCUAGCCACACACCUUGUACAGGGGCACAGAAAGGAGCCCAGAUUAGAAUCAGAUGACAUGGAAUCCAGGCCAAACCCUGCUGCUGACUUGCCCAGAGACCUUGGACAAUGUCGUCACCCUUGGAAUUUCCUUUCCUGUCUGCUUCACAAGGUUUGUCCUUCCCUCCUAGCAUCCUGGUGUGUGGAGGGAGGCCAGCAGCAGCCUGGAAGCUAGGGAAGACUGCUCCAAGGAACCCAAACAAAUGGAGUCCUGCCGAGCUCAGGGUGGUGGGCAUUGGAUGGGAUAAGGGGUGAGGAGCCUCUCUCAUCCUUCCAGAGGGCUCAGAUUCGGUGCUAAGAGGAUGACUUUGGGGAAAGCUCAGAGCGCUCGGAGGACCUUAACUUCAGUACCUUCCGUGGGUUGACCCUGACUUGCUCCAGGCCUUGGUUAAUGACCUGACCGUGUUCUCAAAACAAGGCACUGGAUCGUCUCAGUAUCAGGGCCAAGUCUGUCCUGCUGUGGUCAGCUGCGUGCUCAGUCUGUCUUUCCUGGCUCAGCAAGCCAGCCCAGAGUCCUUUCCCCACAAAAGAAGAGGGAUAGAGGCAAAUGCCCCUCCCUCCUGCAGGCAGCCACAUAGCCUGUGCCUUCAGCUCGGUGCCCUGGUGACGGUUGCUAUGGAGAUCUAAAGAUAGAGCAGGAGUCAGGAGACCUGGGUCCCUCUCCCAGCUCUGCCCACUGAGUGGCUGCUGAUCCAGGCCCACCCAGCCCCCACCCCCACCCCCUCCAUCAUGCACGGGGCUUGCCCUCUCCAGGGAACUUGCCGCCCCUGGGCAUCACGUUGACUUAAUGAAUUCUGCUUUCCACGGCCUGGGCCCCAGUAUGCUGCACCAGCGCAGGCUAGAUACAGGCAGUUGCAGACUUCUAAAGCUCCGCAGUGGAAUGUUAGAAGCCGAGAGCUGGGAGCCUUCAGGAUUAGGCAUUUAUAACUGUAGAGUUGCAGUCUUUCCAGCUGAGCAGACAUUCUGAUGCCAGAAAACCCUGUCCAGCAGAUUCACUGUUUGAACGGGGAAACCAAGGCCCCAUGAGUGACUCAGCCCUGCAGUCUCCCAUCUCACCCCUGCUCGUUGAAUUUUUGUCAGAAAGGUCUUUGCUGUUCCGCCCAGAAAAAUCACAAUAAACACACCCUUCUGG